AUGUCUAACCAACAACCGGCGCUCACUCUCUACGUGUACAAGGGUUCCUGCACGAUAGCAGCCCACAGUCUCCUCGCCCACAUCGGCGUGCCCUACAAGAUCGUCAUCCUCCAAAACGGCCCGGGCGGAAAUUCCACCAACAGCCGUAUCCAAGCCGCCGACGGGAGCCUCACGUACGAGGAUUUCCUCAAGAUCAACCCCAAGGGCUACGUCCCCGUCCUCACCAUCGGCGAGGGAUCCGCGCGCGAGGUCCUCACGGAGCUGCCCGCCAUCCUGACCUACGGCGCCCUGCUCGCGCCCGACCUCAACCUCCUCGGCACCGGCGUGUUGGGCCGCGCUCGGGUGGCGGAAUGGCUGGCCUGGGCGUCCGGCACGAUCCACACUCUCGGUUUCGCGGGCUUUUGGAGGCCCGGGCGGUUCGCGGAUGAUUCUAACCCCACCACCAUGAAGGACAUUCAGAAUCGAGCGGAGAAGACCAUUGUCGGUGCGUUUGCGCAGAUUGAGGAGAAGCUGAAGGGUUGCGAGUGGGCGGUCGGCGAUGCUUUGACCGUGGUUGACUUCAACUUGUACGUGUACUGGACCUGGUGGAUUACGGAGCGUCCUGAUGGCGAGGUCGCGGCCCAGCAUCCCAACUAUGCCAGGCUCGUUGCGAAGCUUGGGAACCCCGAAAGUCUCACAUUAGAAGCUACAAUCACCUACCACACGCCUCAGAAGCGACGCAUCGCGAUCUUCAUCGAGAAGGCUGCCAAGUCAUUGGUCGACCGUGCAGCCCAAAGUUGGGUUUCCAUGGGCUAUCCACCUGUGCCUACUGCACACAGAUAA